UUUUAAAAAAGUACAACAAAUUGAACUGUAAUACAUAUUUUAACUCUUAUACAAGCGGCAAAAAUCAUUUUCUAUGAGUGAAACCUAUUAUUUCUCAUGCCGAUAGCUUUGGCUUUGAGGUCCCAUUGUGAUUGCAUAUUACAAUCACAUCACUUAUCACGGUGUGAACAAAAGAAUGCAAAAGAAUAACAGGCAGAAUCUGCAUAUAUGUAUAUAUAUGUAUAUAUGCUCUACUAGCGCCUCCUAUAUUCAGUAGUAUAUAGUAAUCCUCCUAUAUUCAGUAGCAUAUACAACUUCGAAGCAAGUAUAUCUGCAGAUCCCCUGGCCAAAAGCCGUCAGCUGUUGUGUCAAGUGAACAUCCUUAACCAACAAAAUAAGUGAAACUUGUCAAUAGUGUGACCGUAAUCUUGUGCGUUCACUGUUCAUUAUUACUUGCCGACGUUGCGACAGAUUUGGAAAUAGUGAUUGAUAUAAAUCAGGUCGAAUUAUUUUAAUCCUGUAAGACGAAGAAUGAGAUUGUACUGAUUUGUGAUACCACUCAGGAUGUUCAAAGAAAAUGACAGUGCUUCAGGAGGCUGUAGCGGUGCAGCCCCUCGACCACGAAGAUUGUUAGCACGAUUUUCCUUACGACGAUUAUUGUAUUCAAGUCCCUUUAUUGGUCGACGAAAUGUGAGGACAUCUAAUUCAAACAGCAGGGCUACAAAAGGAAAAGAUCCAGCUGGCAGCAGGGUUACGGAUGUUGAGAAGGGAGAAGCCAGAGUAAGUAAUGGUUCGAGCCAUUUUCAAUUUCAGAACAUAGAUCUACAACGUGCUUCCAGCAAAGGCUCUGUACUCUCUUCUGCCGGAAAGAGCAGCGAAAAUGGCUUGAUGGAAUGCCCUUUAUGUUUGGCUGAAUUACCAGUGGAAUUUUUUCCGAUCGUCCAGUCUUGUCAUCAUCGUAGUUGUUAUGAUUGUUUCAAUCAAUAUCUGAAAGUUGAGAUCUCUGAAUCUAGAGUUAAUAUAGCAUGUCCCGAAUGUUCAGAGCCGCUUCAUCCAAAUGAUAUUCGAAUGAUUUUAAAUGAUCAAACGCAAUUGGAAAAAUAUGAAGACUUUAUGGUGCGAAGAGUCCUCGCUGUAGAACCUGACGCAAGAUGGUGUCCUGCUCCAGACUGCAGCUUUGCAGUUAUCGCUAGCGGCUGCGCGUCAUGUCCAAAAUUACGUUGCGAACGGCCAGGAUGCGAUUCUUAUUUCUGUUAUCACUGUAAAGCACGUUGGCAUCCCAAUCAGACAUGUGACGCCGCGAGAGCACAACGUACUCAGUAUUACGAACGUAGCUCAUCCCUCAGUUUCAAUCAGAGUGAUUCACAGCAUAAGGACGAUGUCAAGCCGUGUCCAAGGUGUCAAGUGUUAAUCGUUAAAAUGAAUGAUGGUAGUUGCAAUCAUAUGAUCUGUGCUGUUUGCGGUGCUGAAUUCUGCUGGCUAUGUAUGAAGGAAAUCAGCGACCUUCAUUAUUUAAGUCCAUCGGGUUGUACCUUUUGGGGUAAGAAACCGUGGUCUAGGAAAAAGAAGAUACUCUGGCAACUUGGAACUUUAGUGGGAGCUCCAGUUGGAAUCGGUCUUGCUGCUGGUAUAGCUGUUCCUGCCAUGAUAAUAGGCAUACCAGUGUGGGUGGGAAAAGAGUUAUAUACAAGGUACGAGGAGGACAACAAGCACAAGAGGAAUGCCUUUAUUGUUGGCGGAGUAGUCGCAUCCGUUUUAGUAUCACCCAUAAUAGCAGGAUUAGCUGUGGGUAUCGGUGUACCCAUUUUAUUAUUUUACGUGUAUGGCGUAGUCCCUGUCUCUCUUUGUCGAAGCGGUGGCUGUGGUGUUUCGACAAAUGGUACGGGAGUCCGAUUCGACUUCGACGAUGAAAACGAGCUUAUGGGAUCUUUGAGCGUCCGCAAUGGCGCAGAUACAGCGUCGAUAGAUGUUGCCAGUCAUCGUGGCGGUAAUCCUUCGAUUGGAGAGGCUUCACUUUCGUUAGGUAGUGGGAGUCAGCUGGAAAAAUUGGGCCGCGAAAAUGAUCGGGAGAGCGCUAGUAACGUGGCCCUCGCCGGUACCAGCCUUGCAGGAAGUAUAGCCUCCAGCGUACUUCCCGGAGGUCAGAGAUUGGAAGUUCAAGCGGAUGUGACGUCCACCCAACGAUUCAGCUUGUGCAGCGAAACGGCGUCUGCUGCAACCAGCUUGUCAGAGAAAUCUGUAAAUGCAUCUAUCGCUUUGGACGAUGGCGCAGCUUCAACGAGAGCAUUGGCGGGAUCUGUUCUUAAUUUUAAAAUGGAUGGCAGUUCGAUUAGCGGUGGCCGAAGUACGGAAGGAGAACAAGGAACAGGUUCUGCUGCAGGCGGUCACAUGGAUUCCGCGGGACAAGCUACGUCUUUGAGCUCGCUCGAAGAAGUGUUGCCUGGUUUGGUGAAACGUGCUAGACGUAAACCGACGUUAGAUCGUCAAUGCAGCGAUUCUAGUAAUUGGACUGUCUGCGGGGAGGAUGAAGGUUCUGAACGCGUCCGAUUCGAUGAUCACGUCAGUUUCAUCGAAGCAGACCAGGAAGGAGUUGUCAAUACUUGCGGAGUGAACAAUCGGACCUCGGCACGACGUAAACGUAACAAAGAAACAGAACAAGAACCGAAUGCUCAAAAGAGUACCAAGAGUACCAACGGCGAAUCGAAGGUUGACUCACCGGCGGACGAGGUGCCGCGGGAACGGGUUAACGUUGCCGCUUUAAGAAAUUUCUUCUUCCAUAUUUCCACGGUGUCUACGGAUCGCGAGAAGCGAUUAUCGGUCAUAGAGGAGCCGUCUCCCGCAGGAGCACAGAGUAGUGGCGGUCGUUUGUCAACACCUUCCGAAGAAGCAUGCAGUACCAGCAACGCGGAUGAAAAUACACAAUCUUAAAGAAAUAAAGACUGAGUAUUUAUGUAAUAAUGUACAUGCGUCUUUUAAAUACCGAGACAUGUAGAUGCGUAUUUACAUAUAUGUGUGUAUAUAUGUAUUUAAGUGUACACCGCGUGCGUGCAUCAACGCUGACAUUACGGUAUUUAUACACAGCCUUUGUAAAUGUAUUACACGUAUAAUAGAGGGAACAAAUUAAGUUUAGCUUUACGAAGCAAGGUAAAAGUGGCAUGUGGCACUGGCAUUUUCCGAGAGGCGUGUGUAUAAAUAUACGUAAAGUACGUAUGUGUAUAUAUAUAUACAUAUACUCACAGGCCUCGAAUCGAAUAUAAAAAAGGGAAUUCACAAAUUAGUUUUACGCGAUAAUUUUCAUUUUGUGCCAAUAGUUUCGUGCGUAAAGAGAACAUUCUUCUGUACGAAAAAUUUUGUUCGCCAGCAUACAACCAUCGUAACUGUGAGCUAUCGACUUCUUUAGAAUUUUUUAUGUAGGGAUAGAUGGAUCUUAAAGAAAAGUAAUUUUCGCUUGAUAUGAAACAAAAUAUAUAUUGAACUGUAUGAAAACUUACGAGAAAGUUAUAAGCGCUUCAUAAAGAUGCAUUUUACGUCGAAUAACAAAUAUCAUUUUCUAUGCAUGGAACACUUGUCAAUUCGCCAAUCGUAUUAUCAUGUGUACAAGUACCGUAAGAACCUUUGUACAUGAACAUUUUCUAAAUGUUGUCCCUUGAUGUAUGAAAAUGUAUGUAGUAUAAUGCACGACCCCGAAGGCAACGGACAUGCCUUGACCGUAAAUGUUACAAUGUAUUAGGACAAGACAUUAAUAUUAUACUAUAAAAAAAAGGUAUGGUAGCUUAUUACCUUCAGCUUAUAUUUAUUUGUUAUUAACCCCAGUGAUUAAUAUACAAUAAUUUCAGGUGCUUUAUUAAAAGCUAUUUCAUUCUCUUGCCGUAUAUUUGCGUUUAUUUAAUAUAAGCAUGAACUACUAACGAUCGUGAUAAAAAGAUUGAAAUCAAGUUGAGCAAUUUUACAUUUCCACAUACUUUCGAUUUAAAGUAAUUUCAAAUUUUAAACGUAUGUACAUAAUUUUGUAAAAUGAUUGUCUUAAUCUAUAUAAAUAUUUCUUGUUUGUAAGUAAUCACUUCGUUACAUGUACGUAUCAGCUGGCGGUUGCUUCGAGUGAAAAUACUUCUGUGGAAAGCUUAUACAUGUAAAAGAGAAACGUGACAGUGUACAUGUGUCCUUCUGAUAGAAGAUCAAUUGUAAAAUAUGAUACGAGCUGCCACCGUAAUCUUCAAACAGGAGUAGGUGUUUUAGUUAAACCAGGCAUGUACUAAAAGUCUGCCUAGGAUAACUAACACAUGGUAUGAAGUAUGAAAAAGAGGAAUUUAUAAUAAAGUAUGCAUUUUUACCAA